UCUCUAUAUGUAUUCGUUUUUUUGCCUUUAGACGUGUUUCGUGAGGAGAGAUGGCCAGGACCAAGCAGACCGCCCGCAAAUCUACCGGAGGUAAAGCUCCCCGCAAGCAGCUGGCAACCAAGGCUGCUCGGAAAAGCGCCCCAGCUACCGGCGGCGUGAAGAAGCCUCACCGCUACCGUCCCGGGACUGUUGCUCUCAGAGAGAUCCGCCGCUACCAGAAAUCCACCGAGCUGCUGAUCCGCAAGCUGCCCUUCCAGCGAUUGGUGCGUGAGAUCGCCCAAGACUUCAAGACCGACCUGCGCUUCCAGAGCUCUGCCGUUAUGGCCCUACAAGAGGCCAGUGAGGCUUAUCUGGUGGGGCUGUUCGAGGACACCAACCUGUGCGCCAUCCACGCCAAGAGGGUAACCAUCAUGCCCAAAGACAUCCAGCUAGCCCGCAGAAUCCGAGGGGAGAGGGCAUAGACACUCGGCACUCCUAUACACGCAGCAACACAAAGGCUCUUUUCAGAGCCACCAAAUCCUUCUAAACCAGCUGAAGCAUAAGUUACACAAUGGUGUUUAAUUGGACGGAUACCACCUCCUUUAGCUCUGCCCAGGCUCCUCGUAGUUAGUAGCCACAAAGCUCACGGCCUAUAUCCCUUAAUUACCCGCACCUUCCUUCCAGCUUGCCGCUGCCCUGGAACAGUGGCGGGAGCCUCCUCAAUUCAGCGUGCAGUCAGGGCACAGGGGGCUACUAGUCUUCACCAUGAAAGGUUAGAGUUGAUCAAGUGUAAGGGAACGUUUUAAUAAGGCUCCAUGAGCACUUUUCUAUGGAAGUAAAUGCCUGUAAGGCGGCUCUUUAUAGAGUCCUCUACCGAGGAACUUGCCCUACACAUCUAGUACCUCCCUUAAUGAAUCUGGGGGUCAAGCAUUUAGCCGUGCAGCUCCGAUUCUAUGGAACUCACAUCCCCGCAUAGCUCGAGAGGCCCCCGCUCUAGAAUCUUUCAUACACACUCAUCACUCUCUAAAUGUCCAUUUAGUAUCUCCUGCAUAGCUUCCCUGCGCUCCACGGUUUCUGUGCUGUAUUGUAUUAAUUUAAUUUGUUUAGCGCUAUAAGUCCUAUUGCAGAAAGAACAUUAUGGAAAUAACAUUGUUAUGUCUGCGCUCUACUGCUUGUUACACGCAAGGGUCUGAUUUACUUCCCGUCAGAAGCACAACGCCAAGUACGAUACUCGCACCUUUCCCGCUAAACAGCGGGCUACUUACUCCCACAUCAACACAAAGGCUCUUCUAAGAGCCACCCACCUCCUCUCUAAUCGGGCUGAAACUAUGAUGGGUAUUAUAUGUGCUACUUGCAAAUCUGCCUUAUUGUAUCUCCGCUUCCAUGAACUGUAUAUUCACUUCCAAACUAAAGCGGGGUCAUAUAGUCAUCAUAUUACAGAUGUCAGCAUUAGUGCUUACAUAAAGCAAUCCAUAGAGCAGUGACUGCCCGUGUAGCUGCUGCAGAACUAGAGAAUUAUUGUAUCUUAUUCCAAUGUUACAAAGUAUCAGUAGAUUGUAGCAAUUGGUCCCGUUGUUCGUAUCACUUUGAAUCUCCUAUAAACACAGUUGCUAAAAGGUU